ACAUGGCAUUGGUGGCAAUCUUGCCAUUUUUUCUAUUAAUGUCCUUCUCUUCAUCCAUUGAAGGCAAGACUCACUUUCACAAUUGGGACAUUGCAUACAAGCUCAAGUCACCGGAUUGUUUCCAAAAGUUAGCCAUCACCAUCAACGGCGGCACGCCGGGGCCGACGAUCGACGCGCAACAAGGCGACACCGUCGUCGUAAAAGUGCACAACAAGCUCUUCACCGAAAAUAUUGCCAUUCAUUGGCAUGGUAUCCGUCAAAUUGGAACACCAUGGAGUGAUGGAACAGAAGGAGUGACUCAAUGCCCAAUCCUUCCCGGAGAAACUUUUGUCUAUAGUUUUGUUGUUGAUCAUGCUGGUACAUUUAUCUAUCAUGCACAUUAUGGUAUGCAAAGAUCAGCUGGUCUCUACGGUCUCAUACGGGUGGUGUUGCCACCCGGUGAAGUUGAGCCAUUCAAGUACGAUUCCGAUCAAAGUCUAAUUCUCAACGAUUGGUGGCAUAAGAGUGCAUACGAGCUAUCGCUCGGACUAUCCUCUCUUCCCUUUGGAUGGGUCGGUGAACCCGAUUCACUUCUUAUUAACGGAAGAGGGAGGUUCAACUGUUCUUCAGUGCAAGGAGGGACUUGUAAUGCAACCAACCCUGAGUGUGCACCUUAUGUCAUUAGUGUUGUACCCGGAAGAACAUAUCGCUUGAGGAUUGCAAGUGUUACCUCCCUCUCUGCCUUCACUUUCCAAAUUGAGGGUCAUAAUAUGACGGUGGUUGAGGCUGACGGUCACUAUGUCCGUCCUAUUGUGGUGUCAAGUCUUUAUAUUUACUCCGGAGAGACUUACUCAGUGAUUGUUAAAGCUGAUCAAGAUCCAUCUCGUAAUUACUGGACGGCUGUUAAUGUUGUCUCUAGAAAACCACAAACACCGACGGGUUUUGCCAUCUUUAAUUACUAUCCGAAUCAUCCGAUGAAAACCCCUUCGACUAUUCUUCCAUUAGGUCCUUUAUGGAAUGAUUCAGCUAGUCGACUCAAACAAGAUAUGGCUCUCAAAGCGCAUCCUGAUUACAACAACCCUCCACCCGGCAAGUCCGACCGGCUAAUCCUCCUACUCAACACUCAAAACAGGAUCAACGGAUACACCCGAUGGUCAGUAAACAAUGUAUCAUUCACACUACCACAUACACCAUAUCUCAUUGCUUUGAAAGAAAGGUUGCACAAUGUAUUCGAUCAAAAACCGGCACCGGAUACAUACGACUAUAAGACGUACAAUAUUCAUCAACCACCACCAAAUCCAAAUGCUACGUACAGCGACUCAAUUUACAGAUUGAAGUUCAAUUCUACGGUAGAUGUGGUGUUGCAGAAUGCAAAUACUUUGAAUGCCAACAACAGUGAGACACAUCCAUGGCACUUGCAUGGACAUGAUUUUUGGGUAGUUGGACAUGGGGUUGGGAAAUUUGACCCGGAGAAGGACCCAAAAGGGUUCAAUUUGGUGGACCCAAUUGAGAAGAACACUGUUGCAGUGCAACCUUAUAGUUGGACAGCAUUUAGGUUUAGGGCUGACAAUCCGGGAGUGUGGGCAUUUCAUUGCCACAUUGAGUCACAUUUCUUUAUGGGCAUGGGAGUGGUCUUUGAAGAAGGGGUGCAUAGGGUUGGCAAGUUGCCUUCAAGAAUCAAGGGAUGUGGUGCAUCUAGAGUUUAAGUUUUAUCAAUGGUGCAUCUUGUGCUCCUCAUCUAGAGUUUAAGUUUUUCAAUGGUGCAUCACUGUGUCUGACAGAGUUCUAAAUGCGGGACACUUGAAAAUUCAACAUUCAUAUUUAUUUAUUUAUUUAUUUUUUACAGUGGAGCCAAUAUAAUUGGACUAUAAGCCAUUUGGUUUU